AUGAGGGGCAGUUUGGUGUUCUCCUCCUGGAUAAAUGAUCAGGAAGCUUUAUAAAGCAGAAGAUAACGGUGGUUACCUUUUGAAUCUGCAAUCCCUUUUCUCCAGCAACACAAACAACUCCUAAUGGCAACCAGUGCCAAGAGGCCGUCUCUGCAGGGCCCAGUGCCCCCUCCCCGGAAGAAGACCACCCCCAAGCCCGAGCUGACUGAGGAGCAGAAGCAGGAGAUCAGGGAGGCCUUCGAGCUGUUCGACACUGACGGAUCUGGAUAUAUUGAUGUGAAGGAGCUGAAGGUGGCCAUGAGGGCUCUGGGCUUUGAACCCAAGAAAGAGGAGAUCAAGAAGAUGAUUGGAGAAGUGGAUAAGGACGGCACAGGAAAGAUCUCCUUCGCUGACUUCCUCGCCAUCAUGACUCAGAAAAUGGCUGAGAAAGACUCGAAAGAGGAGAUCCUGAAGGCUUUCCGCCUGUUCGAUGAUGACGAGACGGGGAAGAUCUCAUUCAGGAAUCUAAAGAGGGUCGCCAAAGAACUGGGAGAGAACCUGACCGAUGAAGAACUGCAGGAGAUGAUCGACGAGGCGGACAGGGACGGAGACGGCGAGGUCAACCAGCAGGAGUUCCUGCGCAUCAUGAAGAAGACCUGUCUGUACUGAAGGAUGUCCGCCACGGCAGUGUGGAGGCGGCCAGUGGGGGGUUUUAGAUGUGAUGCUGCUCAAAAGUUCAUCAAAGGAGAACCUUUAUUAAUACCUUUAUUGUGCAGUGCCAUACGUUUUCACAUACAAUAUAUCAAUCAAAACAGAAAACACUCAUUUCAGGUGUCGAGGAAGAUGCAGUGGUGAAAUGCCAAGUUCUUUCUCUUUUAUUUGAACUCU